UCCUCUUCUUCCUUACCAUCUUUGCUACUGGGGCUCCACGGGAGGAUUCUAAAGGUUUCAGGGGGGACCUGGACCCUUUUUUCCUAGAAGGCUGGUGAUGGAUCUCCAGCUUCUGUCCGGGCAGGAGCACUUGGAGUGCGCUGGUGGUGCGUGAACCCGGCACUGCCCUCCACCGCCCUCAACCAGUCCGUCCUGGCAGCUUUUCCCCAGCUGCCUUCCUUUCCUAGCCAAAAACCUCCAACAUUCCAGGAGGGAGAGAGAAGGUGGCCCUCGGGCACAGCCCCUGGAGAUGUCCGCCCAGAGCCUGCUCCAUAGCGUUUUUUCUUGCUCUUCACCCGCCUCGGGCGGUGCAGCCUCAGCCAAGGGCUUCUCCAAGAGGAAGCUGCGACAGACCCGCAGCCUGGACCCAGCCCUGAUCGGAGGCUCCGGGGGCGAAACAGUCACAGAGGGCGGUGCGCGGGGGUCCAUAGCAGGCCGCCUUUACUCCCCGCAACCCCUAGCGGAGGGUCUUUGCCCCCGCUCUGCAUCUUCUGCCAGGAGCCAGCCAUCCCGGACCACCAGGCUCCCGCAACCCAGACCUCUUUGCUCGUCCUUCUCCAUGCCCAGCACCCCGCAGGAGAAGUCCCCUUCGGGCAGCUUCCACUUUGACUACGAGGUCCCCUUGGGUCGCGGUGGUCUCAAGAAGAGUGCGGCCUGGGACUUGCCUUCUGUCCUGGCUGGGCCAGUCAGUGGCCGCAGCUCUGCCAGCAUCCUCUGCUCCUCUGGGGGAGGCCCCAAUGGCAUCUUCACUUCUCCCAGGAGGUGGCUUCAGCAGAGGAAGUUCCAGUCCCCACCCAACAGUCGCGGCCACCCCUACAUCGUGUGGAAGUCUGAGGGUGAUUUCACCUGGAACAGCAUGUCAGGCCGCAGCGUUCGGCUGAGGUCAGUCCCCAUCCAGAGUCUUUCGGAGCUGGAACGGGCUCGACUGCAGGAAGUGGCUUUUUAUCAGUUGCAGCAGGACUGUGACCUGAGCUGUCAGAUCACCAUUCCCAAAGAUGGCCAAAAAAGAAAGAAAUCUUUGAGAAAGAAACUGGAUUCACUAGGAAAGGAGAAAAACAAAGACAGAGAAUUCAUCCCACAAGCUUUUGGAAUGCCCUUAUCCCAAGUCAUUGCCAAUGACCGGGCCUACAAACUCAAGCAGGAUUCUCAGAGGGAUGAGCAGAAGGAUGCAUCUGAUUUUGUGGCUUCCCUCCUCCCAUUUGGAAAUAAAAGACAAAACAAAGAACUCUCAAGCAGUAACUCAUCUCUCAGCUCAACCUCAGAAACACCAAAUGAGUCAACAUCCCCAAACACCCCAGAACCAGCUCCUCGGGCCAGGAGGAGGGGUGCCAUGUCAGUGGACUCUAUCACCGAUCUGGAUGACAACCAAUCUCGACUACUAGAAGCAUUACAACUCUCCUUGCCCGCUGAGGCUCAAAAUAAAAAAGAGAAAGCCAGAGAUAAGAAACUCAGUCUGAAUCCUAUUUACAGACAGGUUCCAAGACUGGUGGACAGCUGUUGUCAGCAUCUGGAAAAACAUGGUCUCCAGACAGUGGGGAUAUUCCGAGUAGGAAGCUCAAAAAAGAGAGUGAGACAAUUACGUGAGGAAUUUGACCGUGGGAUUGACGUCUCUCUGGAAGAAGAGCACAGUGUUCAUGAUGUGGCAGCCUUGUUGAAGGAGUUCCUGAGGGACAUGCCAGAUCCCCUUCUUACUAGAGAGCUGUACACAGCUUUCAUCAAUACUCUCUUGUUGGAGCCAGAGGAACAGCUGGGCACCUUGCAGCUCCUCAUCUACCUUCUACCUCCCUGCAACUGCGACACCCUCCAUCGCCUCCUACAGUUCCUUUCCAUCGUGGCCAGGCAUGCUGAUGACAAUGUCAGCAAAGAUGGGCAAGAGGUCACUGGGAACAAAAUGACAUCUCUAAACUUGGCCACCAUAUUUGGGCCCAACCUGUUGCACAAACAGAAGUCAUCGGACAAAGAAUUCUCAGUCCAGAGCUCAGCCAGAGCUGAAGAGAGCACGGCCAUCAUUGCUGUGGUGCAGAAGAUGAUUGAAAAUUAUGAAGCCUUGUUCAUGGUUCCCCCAGAUCUGCAGAAUGAAGUACUGAUCAGCCUGUUAGAGACGGAUCCUGAUGUCGUGGACUAUUUACUCAGAAGGAAGGCUUCCCAAUCAUCAAGCCCUGACAUUCUGCAAUCGGAAGUUUCCUUUUCUAUGGGAGGGAGGCAUUCAUCUACAGACUCCAACAAGGCCUCCAGUGGAGACAUCUCCCCUUAUGACAACAACUCCCCAGUGCUGUCCGAGCGCUCCCUGCUGGCUAUGCAAGAGGACAGGGGCCCGGGCGGCUCGGAGAAGCUUUACAAAGUGCCAGAACAAUAUAUGUUGGUGGGCCACUUGCCAGCGUCAAAGUCAAAGUCAAGAGAAAGUUCUCCUGGACCAAGGCUUGGAAAAGAUAUGUCAGAGGAGCCUUUCAAUAUCUGGGGAACUUGGCAUUCAACAUUAAAAAGUGGAUCCAAAGACCCAGGAAUGACAGGUUCCUAUGGUGACAUUUUUGAAAGCAGCUCCCUCCGACCGGGGCCCUGUUCCCUGUCCCAAGGGAACCUGUCCGCGAACUGGCCUCGGUGGCAGGGGAGCCCCUCGGAGCUGGACGGAGGCCCUCAGAUCCCGCGGAGGACUCAGCCCGCGCCCGCUGCGGUGCCGCGCGUCUGCAGCACUCCGCACAUCCAGGGCGGCGGCGGGGCGGCCAGGCGGCCGGCGGCCAGGUCCGAGCCCUACUUGAGCGCGGCCGAAGCGACCGAAGCUGCUGAGCCCGACGGGGCCUGGCCGCAGAGACCGCGGGAGAGCGGCAGGGAAGACCGGAGGCCCCCGCCUCCGUACCCCGGGCCCGGCCAGCCCGCCGCGCCCGCCACGCAGCCCGCGGAGCCGCCCUUGUGGAGGCGCCAGAGGCCCGAGGCGGGCUCCGGAACGGCCUCGCCCGAGGGAGGCCGGGCCGCCCAGCCCCAGUCCCGCGCCGCGCACAGCAAGCGCAGCAGCGCCUACUCCCUCCAGGCUAGCGCCGGCCAGCAGGACGCUCAAAACUUGGGGGAAGCCAGCUGGCUCGACUGGCAGCGAGAGCGGUGGCAGAUCUGGGAGCUCCUGUCCGCCGACAACCCCGACGCCCUCCCGGAAACGCUGGUAUGA